AUGCCGCUCCGCGCUCUGCUGAGGGCCGCGGCCUCGCUGCGCGGCUGCGGUGCGUAUCCCGCCGGCGGCAUGGCCACCCUGAACCAGAUGCACCGGCAGGGCCGGCCCAAGCCGCCCCCUCCCAAGCUGGGGGCCACCUUCGGCCGCCCCCAGAUCAAGGGGGUGGUGAUCAAGAACCUGAUCCGGAAACCCAAGAAGCCCAACUCGGCCAACCGCAAGUGCGCGCGGGUGCGGCUGAGCAACGGGAAGGAGGUGGUGUGCUUCAUCCCCGGGGAGGGCCACAACCUGCAGGAGCACCACGUCGUGCUGGUGCAGGGCGGCCGCACCCAGGACCUGCCGGGGGUGAAGCUCACCAUCGUGCGGGGCAAGUACGACUGCGCCCACGUCCAGAAGAAGAAGUGAGGGCGGGGGGAGCGCGGACGGGGCCCCUCUGCCCGCGGGGGAGCGCGCUGUUCCUUUGCUGCGCCCAUUAAAGGCUGUUGCUGCGUGGGAA